GCGGGGCGGGGAGAAGGCGGGCCGGCGGCGGCGGCGGCGGCGGCGGCGGCAGCACCGAGGCGGCGGGCGGCCGGCCCAGCGCGGCAGCGCACGCGAGUCCGGACAGGCGGAGCGGACCGAGCAGCGCCCGGCGGCCGGCACCGCGGCGGCCUAGACCCGGCCAGCAGCGCGCGCCCGGCCGCCGCUGCCUCCAGCCGGCCCCGCCCAGCGCCCGCCCGCGGGAUGCGGAGCGGCGGGCGCCCGAGGCCGCGGCCCGGCUAGGCCCCGUCGCCCGCACGCGGCGGCCCGACGCUGCGGCCAAGCCGGCUGGGCUCAGCCUGCUGAGAAGACACUCUGAGCAUCCCUGGGUUACCCCGGUCUGUGGGGGCCACGGAUACCAUGAACGACGUAGCAAUUGUGAAGGAGGGCUGGCUACACAAACGAGGGGAAUACAUUAAGACCUGGCGGCCACGCUACUUCCUCCUCAAGAAUGAUGGCACCUUUAUUGGCUACAAGGAGCGGCCUCAGGAUGUGGAGCAGCGGGAGUCUCCCCUUAACAACUUCUCAGUGGCACAAUGCCAGCUGAUGAAGACAGAGCGGCCGAGGCCCAACACGUUCAUCAUCCGCUGCCUGCAGUGGACCACAGUCAUUGAGCGCACCUUCCACGUGGAAACGCCGGAGGAGCGGGAAGAGUGGACCACUGCCAUCCAGACUGUGGCUGAUGGACUCAAGAGGCAGGAGGAAGAGACGAUGGACUUCCGAUCAGGUUCUCCCAGCGACAACUCGGGGGCUGAGGAGAUGGAGGUGUCCCUGGCCAAGCCCAAGCACCGUGUGACCAUGAACGAGUUUGAGUACCUGAAGCUGCUGGGCAAGGGCACCUUUGGGAAGGUGAUCCUGGUGAAGGAGAAGGCCACGGGCCGCUACUAUGCCAUGAAGAUCCUCAAGAAGGAGGUCAUCGUCGCCAAGGAUGAGGUUGCCCACACCCUCACUGAGAACCGUGUCCUGCAGAACUCCAGGCAUCCCUUCCUUACAGCCCUGAAGUACUCAUUCCAGACCCAUGACCGCCUCUGCUUUGUCAUGGAAUAUGCCAAUGGGGGCGAGCUUUUCUUCCACUUGUCUCGUGAGCGCGUGUUUUCCGAGGACCGGGCCCGCUUCUACGGUGCGGAGAUUGUGUCGGCCCUGGACUAUCUGCACUCUGAGAAGAACGUGGUAUACCGGGACCUCAAGCUGGAGAACCUCAUGCUGGACAAGGAUGGGCACAUCAAGAUAACGGACUUCGGACUGUGCAAGGAGGGUAUCAAGGAUGGCGCCACCAUGAAGACCUUCUGCGGGACCCCCGAGUACCUGGCCCCUGAGGUGCUGGAGGACAACGACUAUGGCCGUGCAGUGGAUUGGUGGGGGCUGGGCGUGGUCAUGUAUGAGAUGAUGUGUGGCCGCCUGCCCUUCUACAACCAGGACCAUGAGAAACUGUUCGAGCUCAUCCUCAUGGAGGAAAUCCGCUUCCCGCGCACGCUUGGCCCUGAGGCCAAGUCCCUGCUGUCUGGGCUGCUCAAGAAGGACCCCACGCAGAGGCUUGGCGGGGGCUCCGAGGAUGCCAAGGAGAUCAUGCAGCACCGCUUCUUUGCCAACAUCGUGUGGCAAGAUGUGUAUGAGAAGAAGCUGAGCCCGCCUUUCAAGCCCCAGGUCACCUCUGAGACUGACACCAGGUAUUUCGAUGAGGAGUUCACAGCUCAGAUGAUCACUAUCACACCGCCUGAUCAAGAUGACAGCAUGGAGUGUGUGGACAGCGAACGGAGGCCGCACUUCCCCCAGUUCUCCUACUCGGCCAGUGGCACGGCCUGAGGCCCGGGCAGCGGCCGGCAGCCAUCACUCCGUGCAUCGCCGAGUCCAGAAGCCCCGCAUGGAUCGUCUCUAGCUGAUGGUUUUGUUUCUCGGAUGUGCUGGGGAGGAACCUUGCCAGCCUCCAGGACCAGGGGAGAAUGUUUCUACUGUGGGCAGCAGCCUACCUCCCAGCCAGGUCAGGAGGAAAAUUAUCCUGGGGUUUUUCUUAAUUUAUUUCAUCAAUUUGAGGCCGGAUGUGGCCUCAGUGCCCAGAACAAUUAGAUUCAUGUAGAAAAAUAUUAAGGACUUCGGAGACCAUGUGCAAUGUGGGCUCAUGGGUCCGGGUGGGUCCUGUCACUGCCCCCAUCGACCUGGCCGCUCUGGCCGCCACCUGUCUUUAGGGUCCAGGGCCACAGUCCAACUGGAGGGCACCAGAAGCACCUCACUGUGGUAUGCUAGCUGGCUUUCUCCCUCUGGGGUGGGAGAGGGCAGAGCAGCCUCGCACCAGGGCUGAGUGGGAUGGCCAGGACUCACCUAAGUUGACAGAGGAACAAGAAUCCAGUCUGUGGCUGUGUAUCAUGCUGUUCAGAGACAUUGUAGGGGGUUUUAAUCUCUGUGACAGAAGAGCCCCUGCCUCCCCUCCUGUGUGGCGGCUCUUGGGGGCACUGGGAGUGUCUGCCUCACAUGAGCUCCUCUCUUAGCACUUGUCCUUUUAGAUGCUUUACUUUUCCAGCUGUCACCCUGGCCUGUCCCCUCCUGGCCAGACACUGGCCAUUGCUGCACCAUGUCGUUUUUUACAACAUUCAACUUCAGCAUUUUUACUAUUAUAAUAAGAAACUGUCCCUCCAAAUUCAAUAAAAAUUGCUUUUCAAGUU